CCCCCAGCAGAGGGUUAGGGGACCAGGCAGGGCUGGCAUCUAGGGAGAGGGAACCUGGAAGGACAGAGACCCUGAGGUGGGCGCAGCCCUGUCCAUCCUUCCCUGGCCAGCCCCGCAACCUCGCCUGCCAUGGAAGCCAGCUCCCCACCCCCAGCGCUGCCCUCUCACCAGGUGUCUGUCCCUCCCAGGUUGGACAUCUCUGCUGUUUCCCCCAGUCAGAAGUUCAGCACCUUCACAGGGGCCCCGGACGCCAGGGUUUAUUCCCUGGACAUGUCCCACAUAGGACCUGGGACUUAUGGCUCCAAGGAGACCUGCUUCAGCAAGAAGAAGCUGAAGAGGGAGGUGGGCACAGGCUGGGCCAGGGCCCAGGAAGCCACCCGGCUGACCCAGCUGCCCCACUUCCAGUACCAGGCCAUCAUGAGAGAGAAGCGGCUGCAGAAGGAAAAGCUGGGGCCUGGCUCCUACAACUUGAAAGACUUCUUAGAACAGCUGCAGGAGAAGCCCGGCAGCACUCGGGGGCUACUCAGCUCCGGGGAGGUUCGCUUCCGAGGCCUCACUGGGAACUACUAUCCGGGCCCUGGAAAUUACGGGGAGAAGGGGAACCCAUACACGAAGCUGGAGGAGAGUGCCUGGAACCGGUCUCAUUCCGAGGGCCUCAUGUGCAGAAUGACCAACAAGCCACCCCCCUUGACUCCCCAGGGAAGUGGUCUGGCCCCAGGCACCUACACCCUCAAAAGUGGCAUCGAGGCAUACGUGGCACGAUCCAUGGGCACCCGCGGCCCCUAUGACAUUUUCUCUGGUGACCGAAGCAAGCCCCAGCCUUAUGGACAUUACUCGGUGCAGAAAAAAAGGCCCAGGGAACUGAUGAAUUUUAAGAGCUUCGUGGAAGAACUUAACUCACGUCACAAUAAGAAGCGCGGAGUUUUUUCAAAAGUUUCCCGCAACCCGGAAACCCCUCCAGAAAGAAUUUAUUGGGCCACCCUUAGCCAGUGCCCCCGAAAACUAGCCACGUCUGGUCCCGGUAUGUGGCUUCCUCCAGAGAAGGAAUGCAAACACGUCAACCGGCCUCCUUUCCUGCUGUCCUCCAAGCGGAUAGGCAUCAAGGCCUACCAGAUGAUUCUGGGGAGCUGGAACCCUGUAGGGGUGGGGCGCUACCUCAACACCCAGGCGAUGGAGACAAAGGACCAUCGGCAGCGGUACCGGUCCCUGUACUUGGGCAGAUCCAAGCGCUACCCCUCGGACCCGGCCCAGGACAGGCUCAUGCAGGAAAGAAUCACACCUUUUACUAAGGGGAAGUGCCCUCCAACGGUGGAUCACAAUUCAGAUCCUAUUCCUUAAGGCCACAUUGAAGGACAGCCUGCAGUGACCAGAGGACCCAAAGGCCUGAAGACAAAUCUGGGGAUGGGAGGGUAGGAGUGGGAAUGGCAGUGGGGGUGGGGUGGGGUCUUAGAGAAAGGACACAUGGGAAUGCCUGGGAGAAGAGAGAGGGGUGGGGGGACCCCUUUGCUGGAGACAUCUUCUGGGAGGUCACAAUGUCUGCUGGGACAGCUGGGGCCAGAUAUCCUUUGAUACGAGAGACCAAUUAUCCUGAGAAUUCAAAUCGGCCAGUGACAUGAACAUGGGAGCAGAUGGACUAAAGGGGUAGAAUGUGGUUGACACUCUUGGAACCCCUUCAAUUCUAAAGCCAAACUACUUGAGUCCCUGUUCAUUAAAAUCCAAAGAGAAUUGGGAGAGUGCAGCGUAUGUCAUCCGGCAGCUAUUCACCCUCUCCAGGAAUGCUCCAUCUCCAUCCCAGGAUGUUUCUGGAAGCCUGGCAGGUCCAGAUGCUAUGAGGAGGCUGCUGACCUCCAGGCGAUGUGCAGCCAUUGGGAAUAUCCAGUUCCACCCCGCAAGGCAGGCCUCGUGGCAUGCCAGUCUAGCCUAGAGGUGAGUCUGGGGGUUGAUCACAAUGUCUUGAGCUUCCAUCAUUCACUUUUUUUUUUAGGUCUUUGUUUUUUCUAUUAUAGUUGAUUUAUAUUGUUCCCUCAAUUUCUGCUGUACAGCAAAGUA